CCGCGGACACACCUCCCCCGCACGUCGCGCUCGGCAGCCAGAGCAGAGAGCUCAAGCCUACCGGAGCCGUUUAAAGAUGGCAGAACGACAGCAGAAACACGAAGGCGGCCGAGUGAAGAUCGGACAUUAUCUUCUCGGAGACACUCUAGGCGUCGGCACCUUCGGCAAAGUAAAGAUUGGAGAGCACCAGUUGACAGGUCAUAAGGUGGCUGUGAAGAUCCUGAACAGACAGAAAAUCAGGAGUCUGGACGUGGUGGGCAAGAUCAAACGAGAAAUACAAAACCUCAAACUAUUCAGACACCCUCAUAUCAUCAAACUGUACCAGGUGAUCAGUACUCCUACAGAUUUCUUCAUGGUGAUGGAGUAUGUCUCAGGAGGAGAGCUGUUUGACUACAUCUGCAAACACGGACGGGUAGAAGACAAAGAGGCUCGUCGGUUGUUCCAACAGAUCAUCUCAGGGGUAGACUACUGCCACAGACACAUGGUGGUGCACAGAGACCUCAAACCUGAGAAUGUUCUGCUGGACCAUUCCAUGAAUGCCAAGAUAGCCGACUUUGGGUUGUCAAACAUGAUGUCAGAUGGGGAGUUCCUGAGGACCAGCUGUGGAUCUCCCAACUACGCUGCUCCUGAAGUCAUCUCUGGAAGGUUAUAUGCUGGCCCUGAAGUGGAUAUAUGGAGCUGUGGUGUGAUCCUGUAUGCGUUGCUGUGUGGGACUCUACCCUUUGAUGACGAACAUGUUCCCACGCUGUUUAAGAAGAUCAGAGGGGGCGUGUUCUAUAUGCCAGAAUACCUCACUCGCCCCGUCGCCUCCCUGCUGCUGCUCAUGCUGCAGGUCGAACCAUUGAAGAGAGCCACCAUUAAAGACAUUAGGGAACAUGAGUGGUUUAAGCAGGACCUGCCAGGCUACCUGUUUCCUGAGGACCUGUCUUAUGACUCCACGGUUCUGGACGAGGAGGCCGUCAGGGAGGUGUGCGACAAGUUUGAGAGCACCGAGUCUGAGGUGAUGUCCAGCCUGUACAGCGGAGACCCCCAGGACCAGCUGGCGGUAGCAUACCAUCUGAUUAUAGAUAACCAUCGUAUCAUGACCCAGGCCAGUGAGUUCUACCUGGCCUCCAGCCCUCCCCAGGGCUCCUUCAUGGAGGAUGGAAUGCCCCUGCCUCCCGGGGUUAAACCACACCCAGAGAGGAUGCCCCCCCUGCUGAUAGACAGCCCUAAGGCACGCUGCCCACUGGAUGCCCUUAACACCACCAGAGCCAAACCCCUGGCAGUGAAGAAAGCCAAGUGGCACCUGGGCAUCAGGAGUCAGAGCAGACCCUAUGACAUCAUGGCUGAGGUCUACAGGGCUAUGAGACAGCUACAGUAUGACUGGAAGGUUGUGAACUUGUACCACCUGCGUGUUCGGAGUAAGAACCCAGUAACAGACAACCUGGUGAAGAUGAGUCUCCAGCUGUACCAGGUGGACAACAGAUCCUACCUGCUGGACUUCAAGAGCAUCUAUGAUGACAUCAUGGAGGCAGUAGGGUUUAAGUCAGGUUCUUCCACCCCUCAGAGGUCAGGCUCCGCUGCAGGGCUCCAUAGACCCAGACUCAUUGUGGACUCAGCCUUACCUGCCGUGGAUCUCCCCCAGCUCAGCUCCUCCCUGCCUGGGUCGCUGUGCUCCAGCUCUGCCCUCAUCACCUCCACCCCGCGCCAGGGCAGCCACACCAUGGACUUCUUUGAGAUGUGUGCUAGUCUCAUCACCACACUGGCCCGCUAGAGAAGGUUAACCCCGCUGGAUAACGUGAAGUCAGGAAAACUCCAGGUCCUACUUGCAUAACCUCUAAAACAGAACCCUGCCCUGAGCCAUGUAGUUAGACAGUUUGAUAUCGGUGUGAUCCUGGCCUAAGUUUAGUAGAGCACUGUCCGCCUAACCACAUAUCUCGGGUCAGUUGUGUGUUACCUCCCUAUGUUAUAGGUUUAGGCUGGGCAUGGGAAACUGAUUCUAGAUCUGUGGUUAGGCUUCCUGUCUGUCGAGAGCCAGUCUUGCCAUGGGAAAGGUUAGGGGUUAGAGGUCAAAGUUGAUGGGGCAGGGUCACGUUAGGUCAAAUCUACUUUAUCCCAUAGACUGUAUAAAGAUGGGCAGCUCCUCCCACAUUACUCUCAACCUCCAAUCAGCUGCGGAAUAGCCAUCACCAUAACAGAAUUGCAAACAAUUUCAUGCAUCCGGUUUUCAGGGAUACAGUUAAUUCAACUUAGCUUUCUUUUCCGCUGAAAACCGGUUUUGUGAACUCCGCUAAGACGUUUUUCUUAUGCCUACUAUGUUAGGUUACACAUUUAAUUUUUUAUUUUAAAUGGUUUUUAUAAUGACACAGAUUGUUACCCAUAUCAUAUUUAUAUUACUAUCAUUUUGAGAGAAAUGUUAUUUAUUUUUAGAGAUUGUUUUAAAGGCUGUGUGUGGUUACUGAUUAUUGAAGCACUGCUGAUGUUUGAAGAGAUUUUAGGUGAUGAGGUCGUAGAGAGGAGGCUAGCUGACUGGCAAUAUUGUUCGGUGGAUUAGUUGGCAUUGAUGCUAACGUGGCUACCAGACGGAGGGAGGGAAGUGUGUCUGUAGCGAGCCUCAGAGGACUCUACGGCACGGAACCUUUCUCUAUGUGCCUUAACACAAAUGUUGCGUGGUGGCAAUGUUUUGUUUGUAGAAACAGAAUGGAAACCAUACGUGUGUGUAAAGGAGUGACAGACCGAAGCUUGCCAUUGAUUGGUCAGGAGGAGAAGACAUACUGUAGUUUGUCAAUAAUUAGUCAGCAGCAUACUACCCUGCAUACCACUGCUGGCUUGCUUCUGAAGCUAAGCAGGGUUGGUCCUGGUCAGUCCCUGGAUGGGAGACCAGAUGCUGCAGGAAGUGGUGUUGUAGGGCCAGUAGUAGGUACUCUUUCCUCUGGUCUAAAAAAAACAAACAAAUAUCCCAAUUGGGGACACUACCCUGUGUAGGGUGCCGACUUUCGGAUGGGACGUUAAACGGGUGUCCUGACUCUGAGGUCAUUAAAGAUCCCAUGGCACUUAUCGUAAGAGUAGGGGUGUUAACCCUGGUGUCCUGGCUAAAUUCCCAAUCUGGCCCUUAAACCAUCAUGGUCACCUGAUCUUCCCCCUCUCCCCUGUAACUAUUCCCCAGGUUGUUGCUGCAAAUGAGAAUGUGUUCUCAGUCAACUUACCUGGUAAAAUAAAGAGAUGAGAUCUGACUAAUAUAACUAUAGGUAGAACAAGAGAGGGGGAGAGAUAGAUAUGCGAGACCACUGACUGAUUAGAAGUUGUAUGCAAUUAUUGCAUAUAUAGCUCUCUGGUCUUUAAGCAAUACACGUGUGGUAUAUGGCCAAAGGACUGUUCUUAAGCACGAUGCAGUGCGGAGUGCCUGGAUACAGCCCUUGGGUUUGGUAUAUGGCCAAUAUACCACAGCUGAGGCACCUUUUUGCUAGUAAAAAUACAUGUUAUAUGGUCUGAUAACAUAUCAGCAUUCAGAGCUCGAACCACCCAGUUUACAAAAAUGGAACAAAUCUCCCUUUACUAUUUUCCCGGUGGUUUACAGUCUUCAACUCCUGUCUGUCCUGUUCGAGCCAGUGAGGACUGGGCUCUGGCUGAUCGGAUUCAUGCUAGUGUGUGUUGUGUUCUGGUACCAUGAAGGUGAUCUGUUAGUGUGUUUUGAGCCACAGAGAAAAGAUACUAAACCUCUUCUAUCCUAAGUCGCAGUGAGUGCAGUCUGUUCUCUCUGUAUGAGACUAUACAUUUUAAUACGGAACCCAGACCUAUCUAUAUUAGAUAUAGGGCAGUGUUUCCCAAACUCGGUCCUGGGGACCCAAAAGGGAGCACAUUUAUUUUUGCCCUAGCGCUAAACAUCUGAAUCAGCUGUGUAGUGCUAAGGCAAAAAACUAAAUGAGCACAACUGGCCGUGAUCAGGAGUCCCAUAGGAAUCCCAUAGGGCGGUGCACAAUUGGCCCGGCUUCAUUCGGGGUAGGCUGUCAUUGUAAAAUAAGAAUUUGUUCUUUAACCGACUUGCCUCGUUAAAUAAAGACUGUAGCCACUACAGGGCCAGGGAAACUCUGCUGCAAGACUCAUGCAAUUACCCACAGCAACACCCCUGUUCUCUGCUCAUACAAGGGGAAGAUAUUUACACACAUCCACUAUACCAUUGUAAGGGUUAAGGUGUGUUGUCACUGUCACACAGUGAAAUGUACCUCUCCCUCAGUCUGUGUUACAUGCACUGCAUGGUGGUGUUCUGAUUUGCACUUUACUGAGAAUUUGUCAAACACAAACUGACCUAUACAGUAGACCGCUGCUUUGAGUUUAUGAAUCACCAGAUCACAACUAGCAGAGCUAGAGGCUAAAUGUUACAUCUCUUUAAUACUUAUGGGAAAUUCACUGGGAAUAUAAAAAAUAAGACAAGUCUCAUAUGGCAGGCAUCCUAUUCCCUGUGUCGUGCACUACAUUUGACUGAGCCCUAUGUGGCUAACCCUCUGUCACGUAGUUUAUGACACAGGGAAUAGGGUGUAAUUUGAGACACAGAAGUAGCUGGAUACAGUGAGUUGUAACAAUUUCCAACGUAGACACUUGUAAAGAUACAGUGGAACCACAACCAAUGGUAUGGUGUCGCAUAAUUGUCAUUCUGUAUAAUGCCCUCCAUAACCCUGGACGGACAUCAAUACAAGAGAUUCAAUCCAACACCGCGCUAUAGCUGCCUUGACAUUUAACAGUAAUUUCAAAUUGAAAGGUAAUUGCCGACAACUGCAGCAUUUAUCUUGAAUGCCAUCUGUGAACACGGUUACUUUAAGGCUGCAUUGUCGACUAGAGUGCUCAGAUUGAAUCCCAGCCUAAACAAUAACAGAUAGUCCAUCCGAUUGCAGGUUGUCCAGACAGAUUCUACAAGCCUCUGUCAUCUGAGUGAUUGCCGAUUGCCCAUGGCGAUGACAGACAUACCAUCUUG